CCCAUCAUGCAGACGCUGAUCAGGAUCAGCCUCGAGGUAGAAAGUGGACUUCAGAGCAAACGAAGUAUAUACGUCCUUAAAAGUACUUGCCAAUAGAAACGUGUACCACAGAAGUAAUUCACCUUCCGCAACAUCUUUGUCAGCAGCUUAUUUUCUACUCGCGGUACAUUUUUUACCACAGAGUUUUUCUUGGACAGCUCACAUGAAAGGGUAUGGAGCUCUCGGAAAAGCUGGCGUCAUUCCUACCAAGUAAUGAGUGGCCGGAAGCGCUGCUCGGAGUGUUAAAAGCGUAGACUGGCAGCAAUGGAGUAGUACUCUCGUAUGAAUGAUCAUAUGCACCACACCCUGGAACAUACUAUUAACAUUCUGUGGAAAGUUAUCCUUGGUUAUUAUAUCCAAAGUUUUGACGCAAUCAUCAGAAAACAAAGGAUCGAACCAGCGUCCAAAACAUACCCACGUUCCUUGUAUGAUAAUGCCCUUUCCCGCGCAGGAGGCUAACGGUUCCGUGUGAAGGUGCAGGAUGAGAAGAUGGCGCACUUAGUCAUACCGCCGGGGCCGGAGUGCAUCCGCCCAUUCACCCGCGAGUCUCUCAAGGCCAUCGAGGAGCGGAUCGCCUGCGAGAAGGCCAAGAGGCCCAAGGGCAAGAAGCGGAGCGAGGACGCCGACGAGGACGCACAUGACGCCUCCACGCCCAACUGCAACCUGGAGGCGGGGAAGUCCCUGCCGUUCAUCUACGGGGACAUGCCUCCGGGCAUGGUCUCCACCCCGCUGGAGGAGCUGGACCCUUUCUACGGCAAUCAGAAAACCUUCAUAGUGCUGAACCGAGGGAAGACCAUCUUCCGCUUUAACGCCACGUCUGCCUUCUUCAUCCUUAGCCCCUUCAAUCUUCUCAGGAAAAUAUCAAUUAAGAUUUUGGUGCAUUCAUUGUUCAACGUUUUAAUUAUGUGCACCAUCUUGACCAAUUGUGCGUUUAUGACCUGGAGUGAUCUUCCACCCUGGGGAAAAAAUGUAGAGUACACAUUCACUGGAAUUUACACUUUUGAAUCGGUCAUAAAAAUGCUUGCAAGGGGCUUCUGCAUAGGGAAAUUUACCUUCCUACGGGACCCCUGGAACUGGUUGGAUUUUAGUGUCAUUGUCAUGGCGUAUGUAACAGAGUUUGUAGACCUAGGCAAUGUGUCAGCUCUUCGCACUUUCAGAGUACUGAGAGCUUUGAAAACUAUUUCAGUAAUCCCAGGCCUGAAGACCAUUGUUGGCGCCCUGAUUCAGUCAGUGAAGAAGCUUGCAGAUGUAAUGAUCCUCACUGUUUUCUGUCUAAGUGUUUUUGCACUAAUAGGAUUGCAACUGUUUAUGGGUCAUUUAAGACACAAGUGUGUAAAGGAAGCACCUGUAAAUAUGUCUUACGAUGAGAAGCUAAUCUUCUACAACAAUACCGCCCAUUUUUAUGUGCUACCAAAUGCUAAAGAUCCUCUUCUGUGCGGAAAAGGCAGCGAUGCUGGGACGUGCCCGGAGAACUACGAAUGCCGCAAAGUGGGCGUCAACCCCAACUACGGAUACACAAGUUUCGAUAACUUCGGCUGGGCCUUCCUGUCUCUGUUCAGGCUGAUGACGCAAGAUUACUGGGAGAAUCUCUAUCAGCUGACACUCCGAGCUUCUGGGAAAUCCUACAUGAUUUUCUUUGUUCUGGUGAUCUUCCUGGGCUCCUUCUACCUGGUAAACCUGAUCCUAGCCGUGGUGGCCAUGGCCUACGAUGAACAGAACCUGGCUACCAUGAUGGAGGCCGAGUUGAAAGAGCAGGAGUUCCAGGCCAUGAUGGACCAGCUGAAGAAACAGCAAGAAGAUGCACAGAACUCGCUGUUGGCCCCGCCGGCGGUCGAGUGUCGGCAGUACGGCGGGAAAGCGGGCUUCCCCGAAUCGUCCUCCGAGGCAUCGCAGUUCAGCUCCAAGAGUGCCAAGGAGAGGCGAAACAGGCGCAAGAAGAGGAAGGAAAGAGACGGGGAGGAGGAGAAGAGGGACGACGAGAAGUUCCGCAAGUCCGAUUCGGACGACAGCAUCAGGAGGGGCAAUUCCAUAGACCGCAACAGGCUCUCUUAUGGGAAGAGGAGCUCCUCCCCCUACCAGUCAGUCCUCAGUAUCCGGGAGUCCCUGUUCUCUCAGCGUCGGACCAGCCGGUCCAGCCUCUUCAGCCUCCGGGGCCGAGCGACGGACGCGGGCUCCGAGAACGACUUCGCCGACGACGAGCACAGCGUGUUCGAGGACUCCGCGAGCCGCCGCGGCUCGCUGCUGGUGCCGCGCGGGGCGGGGCGACGCGGCAGCACCGCCAGCCAGAGCAGCGCCGCCUCGCGCCCUCGCCUGCCCGCCAACGGCGUGAUGCACUCCGCCGUCGACCGCAACGGGGUCGUGACCCUGGCGGGCCGGUGCUCCCUGCCCACGACGCCCGUCGGCCUGCUUCUGCCUGAGGGGACUGAAAUGGAGUUCAGGAAAAGAUCAGGCUCUUAUCAACCAUCCAUGGACUUCUUAGAGAACCCAAACGCAAGACAGCGAGCUAUGAGUGUCGCGAGUAUUAUAACGAACACCAUGGAAGAACUUGAGGAAUCAAGGCAGAAAUGCCCACCUUGCUGGUUCAAGUUUGCGAAUACCUUUCUUAUCUGGACCUGUUCCCCGUUGUGGAUGAGGAUCAAGAAUGCGGUCAGAAGGAUUGUGAUGGAUCCCUUUGUGGACCUGGCCAUUACCAUUUGCAUUGUCUUGAACACACUGUUCAUGGCCAUGGAACAUGACCCCAUGGACUAUCACUUUAGCCGCGUUCUCAAUGUGGGGAAUUUGGUAUUCACAGGAAUCUUCACUGCUGAGAUGUGUUUUAAAAUGAUCGCUCUGGAUCCCUAUUAUUACUUUCAAGAAGGAUGGAAUAUUUUUGAUGGGGUGAUUGUCGCCCUGAGCUUAAUGGAACUUUGUAUGUCAGAAAAGGAGUCUAGUCUUUCCGUUCUCAGAUCAUUCAGAUUGCUGAGGGUGUUCAAAUUAGCCAAGUCCUGGCCAACGCUCAACAUGCUGAUCAAGAUUAUCGGCAAUUCGGUGGGCGCCCUGGGCAACCUGACUCUGGUGCUGGCCAUCAUCAUCUUCAUCUUUGCCGUGGUGGGCAUGCAGCUUUUUGGGAAGAACUACAGGUCCCUUCACUGUGACGACAGACGUGAUUGCCAGAUGCCACGCUGGCACAUGUCAGACUUCUUCCACUCGUUCCUGGUGGUUUUCCGGGUGCUGUGCGGGGAGUGGAUCGAGAACAUGUGGGAGUGCAUGAGGGUGGCUGGCCCGACCAAGUGCAUCAUCGUAUUUAUGAUGGUCAUGGUCAUUGGAAACCUGGUGGUUCUGAAUCUGUUCCUGGCCUUGCUGCUCAGUUCAUUCAGUGCGGACAACCUGGCGGCCACAGAAGACGAUAGCGAGAUGAACAACCUGCAGAUCGCAGUGGGGCGGAUCCAUCUCGGGAUCAGCAACAUGAAGGCCUCGGUGAGACGCUUCUUCCUGAGGUUGUGCGGAAGGUCGGAGAAGACCACCGCAGAUGAGCUCAAGCCCCCGGAGGAGCUCAACGGCAGUAAGGAGAACUGCAUCGGCAACCACACUACGAUAGUUCAGUUCACGAAGGACCCCAACUGCCUUAAGGAGGACAAUGGAUACCCUGGACUCAUGGGCGGCAGCAUUGGGAAGUACAUCGUUGACGACGUCUUCGUCACCAACCUCAACCUCACCAUCAGCGUCCCCAUAGCCGUCGGCGAGUCCGAGUACAUAGACGACUCCAGCAGCGAAUUCUCGGAUGUGGAGGACAGCAAAGAAAAAGACUCCCAGCUCAGCUCGCUGGAGGGCAGCACCGUGGACAUCAGGCUCCCGGGUGACGGAGGGGAAUCCGUGGACAUGGCGCUGACGGAGGCGGAGGAACCGGAGGCCUGCUUAACUGAGGGCUGUGUGCGCAGGUGCCAGUGUUGUCAAGUGAACAUCAACGAAGGGAGGGGGAAGAUGUGGUGGACCUUGAGGAGGACGUGCUUCAAGAUUGUGGAGCACAACUGGUUUGAGAGCUUCAUCAUCUUCAUGAUACUUCUGAGCAGUGGAGCACUGGCAUUUGAAGACAUCUACAUUGAGCAGAGGAAAGCUCUUAAGAGCAUCCUGGAGUACGCAGACAAGGUUUUCACCUUCAUCUUCAUCCUGGAGAUGCUGCUGAAAUGGGUCGCCUAUGGAUUUGUGAAAUACUUCACCAACGCCUGGUGUUGGCUGGACUUCCUGAUUGUUGACGUCUCCCUGGUAAGCCUGGUAGCCAAUGCCAUGGACUGCGCGGAGCUGGGCCCCAUAAAGUCUCUGAGGACCCUGCGGGCUCUCAGGCCGCUGAGGGCGCUGUCGCGGUUUGAGGGGAUGAGGGUUGUUGUCAACGCUCUUGUUGGAGCAAUUCCCUCCAUCAUGAACGUGCUCCUGGUGUGCCUCAUAUUCUGGCUAAUAUUCAGCAUCAUGGGUGUCAACCUCUUAGCUGGGAAGUACUACCACUGUAUCAACACCACCACAGGCGAAGACUUCCCAAUAACAGCAGUGAGCAACAAGACUCAGUGUGAAACACUGAUAAAGAUGAAAGCUGAUGCUCGAUGGAGGAAUGAUAAGAUCAACUUUGACAAUGUUGGAGCAGGAUACCUGGCUUUAUUGCAAGUGGCAACUUUCAAAGGCUGGAUGCCAAUCAUGUAUUCAGCUGUGGACUCCCGUAAGCGCCAUGAACAACCUCAGUACGAAGUUAGCCGGAACAUGUACAUCUACUUUGUCGUAUUCAUCAUAUUUGGAGCCUUCUUUACUCUAAAUCUUUUUAUCGGUGUUAUCAUUGACAACUUCAAUCAACAGAAGAGAAAGUUUGGAGGUCAGGAUAUCUUUAUGACCGAGGAGCAGAAGAAAUAUUACAAUGCGAUGAAGAAGCUUGGAUCAAAAAAACCUCAAAAGCCUAUCCCAAGGCCUGCAAACAAGUUACAAGGAUUUGUCUUUGACCUCAUUACAAAGCAAGCCUUCGACAUUUGUAUUAUGGCUCUUAUAAUACUCAACAUGAUCACCAUGAUGGUCGAAGUAGACGAGCAGACUAAGGAGAUGAAGAACGUUCUUUACAAGAUUAAUGUAGUUUUCAUCGUCCUUUUCACGACAGAGUGUGUGCUGAAGAUGUUUUCUCUUCGCCAGUAUUUCUUCACCAUUGGUUGGAAUGUAUUUGACUUUGUUGUGGUCAUUGUGUCAAUAAUCGGCAUGUUUCUUUCAGAAGUGAUUGAACAGUAUUUUUUCUCACCGACUUUAUUCAGAGUCAUUCGACUAGCCAGAAUCGGACGCGUCCUACGUCUCAUAAAGGGCGCCAAGGGAAUCCGGACACUUUUGUUUGCCUUGAUGAUGUCACUUCCUGCUCUGUUCAAUAUCGGUCUAUUGCUUUUUUUAGUCAUGUUUAUCUACGCCAUUUUUGGCAUGUCUAACUUUGCCUACGUGAAGAAGGAGGAUGGAAUUGAUGACAUGUUCAACUUUGAAACAUUUGGUAACAGCAUCCUCUGCCUGUUCCAGAUUACUACUUCGGCAGGUUGGGACGGUUUGUUGGCCCCCAUUCUCAACAAGCGCGAGCCCGAUUGCGACAGUAAAUUUGUACACGCCGGGAGCAAAUACAAGGGGAACUGCGGAAACGCCACCGUGGGGAUCGCCUUCUUUGUGAGCUACAUCAUUAUAAGCUUUCUGAUCGUGGUCAACAUGUACAUCGCCGUCAUCCUGGAGAACUUCAGUGUAGCCACGGAGGAGAGCGCCGAGCCGCUGAGCGAGGACGACUUCGAGAUGUUCUACGAGGUGUGGGAGAGGUUCGACCCGCAGGCCUCUCAGUUCAUCGGGUACGACAAGCUGUCGGAUUUCUCGGACUCCCUGGCGUCCCCGCUGCGCAUACCCAAACCCAACACGGUUCAGCUGAUGGCCAUGGACCUGCCCAUGGUCAGCGGCGAUCGCAUCCACUGCCUGGACAUCCUGUUCGCCUUCACCAAGCGCGUCCUCGGGGAGGACGGCGAGAUGGACGCCCUCCGCGGACAGAUGGAGGAGCGCUUCAUGGCGUCCAACCCCUCCAAGGUGUCCUACGAGCCCAUCACCACCACCCUCCGCCGCAAGCAGGAGGAGCUGUCCGCCUCGGUCAUACAGAGGGCCUACAGGCGCCACCGCUUCAGGCGCCCCGCCGCGGCGGCCGCGCCCACCGUCUGUCCCCCGUCGUACGACAGCGUCAUCAACCUGGACAAAGGCAGCUACGAGGAGGAAGACAACACGGAGAAAGAGGACAAGGGCAAAGACGUAUGGGAGGAUGAGAGCAUGGAGGAUGACUGAGUGAGAAGAUCUGGGUUUUCAUUCACGGUUUGUGGUUAAUUGUUAGCAGCCUUCCAGGGUGGCGUGUUUGUGCGACGUUGACUGUUGAUCUGCAUAUCUAUGCCAGGCUGAUAGUACUUACUUGUGUCUAAAUUUAAGGCCUAUGCCUACUAAGGCUGUGCCAUCAGACACCGAAACGUUUUCUUAGGUUUUAAUGAAAUCGGAAACGCGAAAGAAUACUGUUACUCCUUUUACAGCUAGUUCAUCUGUAAGAAUACUGUUAUUGUCUUGCAUUGCAAUGGCUAUAAUAAUUAUUACCUUGGUUACAGAACAUUUUACAAUUAUUUUAAGGUCAUAAAUCAUUGUAUGUAUAUUAUGACAGACAAGGUUUUUUCUGUUAAAUGGGGGGAUGAAGGGUCAGAGGUCAUAUACUGCUUCUAGUAGCCAGCCAGUUCUGAAAUGUGCAGACAUUCAGUUCUGGGUGAAACCCCACCACGUCAACCUCAGUUGUACACCAUAACUGUUGCAAACCAUCCGUGCAAGGUAGCUCAUUCUAUUUACAUCGGAUAUUAACGUUGGAUAAAUUGCCAUUUUCCGAAGAGAUAUAGGAAUUGUGCUAGCUGCCAUUAAUGUGCUAUCUAUCUAGAAUGGAUCUUAGAAGAGUCCUGUAUGAGAAGUGGCUAGUUUCUGAGCUUCCACCGAACCUUGAGAGAAUACAUGGCAUGGGUUUCUAGUAAGUUCUUUAAAGGUUAUUGUUACCGGAAUUUCUAUGAUUGCACCAACAAAACAUUGAAAAUGUGUUUUGUAAACUUCUAAGACUUUUUCUUCAAAGAUUUAUUUUGUUUUUGUUUUUUGUUUUUUGUUGUUUUUUUGCAUGGAAGCAUGCACACCCAUAGUCUUGCAUGAAGGACCAAAAGGACCAAACUGUCAUAUGGGGGAGUUUGCUUUAUCCUCUUGAGUAUUUCAGAGUAGCGCUCAGCAUUUGAGGUGCUAGCCCAUUUAUCAUCAGUAUCUGUACAGGUUACACACAAUCACACAAUCAUACACACAUGAUUGUUUCAGAGCAACCAGCAGUUUCUCCAUACAAAACACAUUCUCUUUCUAUCUUUAUUUAUAUAUAUAUAUAUACAUGCAUUUGAGUGAGUUUGUGUGUGUGUGUGUGUGUGUAUAUAUAUAUAUAUAUAUAUAGAGAGAGAGAGAGAGAGCAUUUGAUUGAAUUUACUCAUAAAGAUUAAACCUAAAAAUGUUGUUUUCACUCUGGGGUAUGUCUGAUAAAGCAAACAUCCUUGACAUAGUAUUGCUGUGUCAAAUAUGUAUCAGCUCUUGUAGUGUAUCAAAAAUGGUAAUAUUGUUUAUCAUGUGCAUCUCGUGGGGCCUUUCGCUGAUGCAUGUAUCUUUUGCCUCCACCCUCAUUCCUUUAGAUCCACCGAGUUAUAAUGUGUCAGUUACCCAAUGCUUUUAAUUUUUUUAAAUUAUUGUUAUAUAUAUAUAUAUAAUUAAUAUAUAAUUAAUUUUUUUUUUUUUUUUCACAAAUUUAGUAACUUUAUUGCAUCACUGGGAAGUCUUUAUUUUCUUCUUAUUACACCCCUUCUUCAACAGAAUUUGUUUUCUUGAAGGCAAAGUUCUUGUCUUCUUUGUGAACGUGAUGAACAAAGCAUCCUGCCGAACCUGCAAGAUGUUUAGUGGUUAUAUUUCUGUUGAGUUCUUUAUUCAUAUUGAAAUUCAGUAUGCUAAUUUUAUUUUUUAUUUUUAUUUUUGUAAGGGCAAUACUGUAAAUGUGGGAUCACAGGCACAUUGGUGUCUGAGGAUCCACUGCAGUUUUUUCAGUGGGUAAUUUCCAUUAAAGAUCAGGGUGAGGCCUGGAAGCCAAUGUUUUGUUUCAAACUGUGGCCAGUUGACCGUUAACUUCAUUCUAAUAUAAAUACACAGAUAGUGGAGGUAUGAUUCAGUUCAUCCUAUUCAGUUGAUAUUUGAUAUUCCUUGAUGCCUUCCUGUAUUUUUCAUUUUCAUAUUUGUCGAGGACCUAAUCAAAUAUAUUUUUCAGUUCUUUUAUUUUCUAAAUGUUGUGUGAUGCACAACAGCAAAUGAGGAUUGCUAAUUUCACACACACACACGUACACACGUACACACACACACACACACACACACAUAAACCCACACGUACACACGUACACACAGACACACACACACACACACACACACACACACAUAAACCCACACGCACACACACACACACACAUAAACCCACACGCACACACGUACACACACACACACACACACACAUAAACCCACACGUACACACACACACACACACACACAUAAACCCACAUGCACACACGUACACACACACACACACACACACAAACAUAAACCCACACGCACACACGUACACACACACGUGUACACACACACGCACGCACACGCACACACACAAACCCACACGCACACACGUGUCACACACACACACACACACACAUAAACCCACACGCACACACGUACACACACACACACACACACACACAAACCACAUCACACGUACA